AUGGACGGACUGAAUAACGUGAACCCCUAUCAAUCAUCUUACCCGGAGGGCUUUAAUUCUGAUAACACCAAUCCUCCACUAAUUCGCCAAUCCCAUACUCAAAAUUUCCUUUCUUCUGUCUCCGAUAAUGUUGAUGGGAUGUUCAUAAAUACUAUAAACUACGAAGAUACCAGAGACUAUACGGGCGAUUAUGCAUCAUUUCAAGGCAAUCCCUCGGUUUUUCAUUUUCACUCGGGUAACAUUGACACGAUGAAUUGGCAGUUGAAUCCGCAGAAUCGCGAUCAAGCCGCAACUCACGCAAACAGCUCUUCAGAACCUUGUCAAACAUUCUGUGACCCCUAUUCCGAUGUGACAAACGACAAUUCGACACAUCAUCAUUUCCAACGUCUCGGUAUUAGCACGACCAACAGUUCGUCCAUCUCAUACUUUCUCACGCAUGAGCCCACAAACUCUGGGUAUAUUUUUAUGAAAGUAGAGUACACCCAACUAGGCUGGAUAUCAGCCGCCGAUAUUAACAAAAUAUUAGAUCUAACUCAAAUUUGA